AUGUAUAGAAAGGCCCGAAUCUGCGUAGUCGGCUCCCUAAACGUCGAAUACGUAACAACAACCCCACGCUUCCCAAACCCCGGCGAAACCCUCACAGCAACCUCCUUAACGCUCUCAGCAGGCGGCAAAGGCGGAAUCCAAGCCGCAGCCUGCGGCCGCGCCACAACAAUCGAUGAUGUAUACGUGAACAUGAUCGGCGCCGUCCGCACCGAUGAUCCACACUACGAACACCUCCUGCAGCCCUCACUCGAGGACUCCGGCGUCGAUACAACAUCCAUCGAACAAUUGAAGGAUGUGCCGACGGGGUCGGCCAGCAUUAUCGUGGACGAAGCCAAUGGCGGCGAGAAGCGGGUUCUCGUCGUGCCCGGCGCAAACCACGCCGGAAUACUUACCUCUGCGGACAAAAUUAUCAAGACGAUCCAGAGCUAUCCGUCUCCAACCGAUGUCGUCGUUUUGCAGGGCGAGAUCCCGCGCGCCACGACGGUGGGCUUGCUGAAGUUUUACAAUGAUCCUGAGGGCAGGUGGGAUUCUGGCGGGCGUGCGAAAGUGGUGUUUAACCCCUCGCCUGUGUAUCCAAAGGGGAUUCCGUAUAAGGCGCUGCUGAAUACUGCUGUGCUUAUUAUGAAUGAGACGGAGCUUAUGCAGAUGAGUAGAUGCAAUAGGGAAUGGGUUGUUGAUGAAUCUGAUUCGGUGGAGCGCUUGGCGCGGAAGUUCCAUCUGGAGUUUGGUGUUGGGAUUGUGCUUGUUACGCUUGGGGCGAAGGGGGUUUAUUACUCGGCUAGGAUGGGUCGGGCUGGUGUUGUUCCUGGUGUUGAGGUUGACGAGGUUGUUGAUACGACUGCCGCGGGGGAUACGUUUGUGGGGUACUUCGCGAAUUCUUUGGCACGCUUCUUGUCCACGGGACAUGUAUUGGAGGACUUCGAUGACGUUAUUGAGGACGCGGUUAUCCUUGCGAAUGAUGCUGCUGCCUUGAGUGUGCAGGUGCGAGGUGGUAUGCGGAGUGUUCCCUUUGCAUGA